AACUGACCUUCGUUUGCAACCUUUUAUACGUGAUUACGUGCAAAUGUAUACGAACGUGCUCUUGCCACGGCGGAUGCCGCGAUUCGCAUGCCUUUGCCGUACAGCAUCGUCAAUCGAAGGACAGAAACUGCCACAGAAGAGCGCUGCAUCUGAUGGCAUAUCACCGCCGCCACGCAUCCCCAGAAGUCCUACUGACAUCCUACAAGCGCUAGCCGCUACUGUUGGGCCUGACCCAACAGCUGCCCAUUACAAAUAUCAUGAUGAUCCAUAUCUAAUACCCCUAUCAAACUUCCGCAAGAGAUCGUAUGCGUUAUCUGCUGAAGCCGGUCGCAAGGCUGCUGCAUGGAUCAGAGACGAGCAUGCAGAACUAUUUGCAACAAGGAUAUGGGACCCUCCACUUCGAAUGAAAACUCCAUACUUUAAUGCUGACCCACACAUUGCAGCUUUUACUCCUAGGCCUAUUUAUAAUGAUGAAAGUAAGGUUACAGAAGACGAUCUAAAGUACACUCUAAAGAAUGCCCUCGUAGAGGACUCUAUAAAGGUGUUCCAACUUCUGGGAGGCACAAAGGGAGUAAAUGAAAAACUUAAGAUUGAGUUCUUACAACUACUAUGCUUUUACAAUGAAAAGGAACCUGAUUCUGCAGAGUGGCUUGAAGAGAGAUGGUUUUCUGCUAAUACUAGAGAGAGACAGGCUGCUACUUGGAGAUUAGGAGGGCUCGCUGAUCAGAUCUUUAAUUCAUUAGAACCUAAAACUCCUGAAGUGUACUGCGCUGUAAUCCAAGGCAUGGCAAAAUAUUACCAGGCUGAACGAGCACAUGCACUGGCACAAGAAGCGCUGGAAAAAGGCAUAACAUUAUCAACUAACGUGUAUAACGCUUUGUUGGGAUGUGUCGGUUUCUUACGAGAAGGAACAGCCCUGCGAAUUGACGCCUUGAAGAGUUUAUUAAACGAAAUGAAUGAACAGGGUCUUACACCAAAUGAUGAGACGUUAACAGCUUGUCUGCGCUCCGUAUCGGCGUGGGGUGGAGGAAAAAUGUUGCAAGAUUUUGCUCUGCAGAUUGUGGCCGAAUUCAGACAGCUGGGCAUACAACCUGGGCUAUCGGCCUAUUACUAUUUAUUGUGCUUAUUUUGUAAGGAACGUGGACCUCGCGUAGAUAUUCUAACUGCAGUAUUAAAUGAUCUCGAGAAUAGAGAAAAUUUGCAAGCCAAAGAACCCACAGACACUAACUUUUUCAUCACAGCUAUGGGAGUGUGCAGUGAUCAUUUACAGGUACAUUUUACCAGCUACAUAAAUUUCGGGUCGUGGUUUAGGCAUGCACCCUUCGAAAGGACAACACAUCUGCUAGACACACUUGUACCAAACAUUUACGUACCUGAACCUUCGGUUAUGGAAGAGAUAAUCAAGACGCUGGAGGUGGGCGGCGCCGGCGACCGCCUGGCGCAGGCGUGGUCGCAGCUCGUCGUGUUCGGGCACGCCAAGCGCGCCAAGCUCGUGGAGAAGAUCCUGGCCGCCAUGGUCAGCUGCUACCAGUACCAAGAUGACGAAGUGAAAACAAAAAUGCGCACAGCAGCGAUGGAUAUUCUAAAAUUCGGGCAGAUUGUUGAAGAACAACAAGACGCUAGAGAUGUUCGCGCACCUAUGCAACUAAGGAUAUCAGCAGCAGGGCUAACAAAUAUCAUAGAGCUGUGCUCCGAUGCACAAGACAAGGCGGACCAAGCGUGGGACAGCGUCGCUGAAGCACUGCAGCGGCUUCGGCGCGACGAAGCAGUCGGCGUGCCGCACAACCCACAAGUACUUGCCAACGUGGCCAACAAGUCAGCUGCAAUUGGCAAACAGGAUAUUGCUACCAUGGCUGUGGCGUACCUAGCAGAGUGCGGCUUCGAGGAAGCAGCGACAGCUAGCGUGCAAACGCUUGGCGUUAUGCUUAACAGAAGCGAGGAAGAAGUACAUGCGUUGCUGCAGCAGCCAAGGUCAGAGCUGGAGACGUCACUUCAUCCUGCGGCCCUUGCUAUCGUAGAAGCUUAUCAAGUGACCAAAACCGGCGCACCUGUACGGGAUGCGGACUCAACAACAAGUUCCAGUGACAGUGAGUCUUCAUCCGAUGACGAGUAGAUGUAGUGUCAUAGUUUACGAAUUUAGCAUUUAAUUAUUAAUAAAAUAGAAACCAUUUGUGUAUUUAAUUGUAGAGAUAUUUUUUAUUUAUUCCAAAGUUAGUUAUGCAUUAAAUCUCACAGACACUCAAG